AUGGGUGAUAAGAAUAAUACAUUUGGAUCUUCUGCUAGUAGUAGAAGAACGGACCCAGGAUGGGCACAUGUAAUUCAAGUUAGUGAAAACAAUACCAAUGAUCUUCAAUGCAUGUAUUGUAUGAAAGUUUAUAAAGGAGGAAUUAAUAGAAUCAAACAACAUAUUGCUGGAGGUUACAAAAAUGUAAUUCAGUGUCCAAAAUGUCCAGAAGAUGUAAGGAAUCAAAUGCAUGAAUUUAUUGCUAAAAAAAGAGAGCAAAAAUCAAUUAUGAAUAUGGAAAGACCACCUGAAUUUGAUGAUGUUGAAGUACUGGGAUUAGAUGAAAAUGAGGAAGAGGAAGAGUUGAUGCAAGAAAUUGGCAGUGAAAGAAGAAGGCAAGUACUGGAGGUUACAGUGAAUUAUGAUAACUUUGGGAAAAUGAUUCGAGCAAUUGGAAAUUAUGGUAAAGAAAUGAAACCUCCAAGUUUUCAUGAGGUUAGAGUUCGGUUACUUAACAAAGAAGUGCAAAUCAUAAAUGAUCUUCUCGAGUCUCAUAAAGAAAAAUGGGAAAAUUAUGGAUGUACAUUGAUGUGUGAUGGAUGGAUGGAUAGAAAAGGGAGAACCUUGAUUAAUUUCUUGGCUAAUAGUCGAAAGGGAAGUGUAUUUAUUAAAUUAGUUUAUGCAAGUGAUGAAUCAAAGACAGCGGCAUUGUUGGCUAGUUUGAUUGAGAAAGAAUUGAUGGAAAUUGGUCCUGAAAAAGUAGUUCAAGUUGUUACAGAUAAUGCAUCAAAUAAUGUUGCAACAGGGAGAAUAUUGGAAGCAAAUUUUUCUCAUCUAUACUGGACUCCAUGUGCAGCUCAUUGUAUAGAUUUGAUGUUGGAGGAUAUCUUUAAGAUCCGUGUUUUCAAAGAAACAUUCCGCAAAGCUGUUGAGCUUACUGGUUUCACAUAUGGCUCUUCAGGAGUUCUAAAUAUGUUGCGGAAGUUUACUAAUGGAGUAGAAUUGCUAAGGCCAGGGCAAACUAGAUUUGCUACUGCUUUUAUUACACUGGGAAGGAUUCAUCUUCAGAAAGCCAACAUUAAAAAAAUGUUUACUUCGGAAAGUUGGACAACUAGUAAAUAGGCUAAAGAGGUAAAAGGCAAAAAGUGUGAAAGGACGUUUUUGAGUCCUGCCUUUUGGAAUCAUGUUGUUUAUGCUCUUAAGGUUUCCGGUCCUCUUGUUCGUGUGCUUCGACUUGUUGAUAAUGAAAAAAAACCAGCUAUGGGAUAUAUUUAUGAAGCCAUGGAUAGGGCUAAAGAAGCCAUUGCCAACUCACUCAAUGGCAAUGAAGAGAAAUACAAGAGCAUUUUUGAGAUUAUUGAUGCGAGAUGGUCACUUCAAUUGCAUUGUCCUUUGCAUGCUGCUGGAUACUUUUUGAAU